AUGCAGUCUCAACGGCUGCUGCUGCAGCAGCAGCAGCAGCAGCAACAGCAGCAGCAGCAGCAGCAGAGCCCCCAACAGCAACAGGAGCACCACCCGCAGCAGCAGCAGCAGCAGGAGAAGGGGCAGAAGCAGCAAGAGCAGCAGCAGCAAGACCAACACCAGCAGCAGGAUCACCAGCAGCAUCUUCAAGACCAGCAUCCAGUACUGCAGCAGCAGCAACAGCAGGAAGAGGCGAAGGAGGGUGAGCAGCAGCAGCAGCAGCAACACCUCCAGAACCAUGAGCAGCAGCAGAAGCAGCAGCAGGAGCAGGAACAGCAACAGCAAGACCUUGAGCCGAACGAGCAGCAGCAGCAGCCGCAGCAGCAGCAGCAUCCAGAGCAGCAGCAGCAGCAGCAGCAGGACC